ACGGCGGCGCGGUCACAGCGGAAUGGCGUCCGUCGCCGCGUGGCUGCCUUUCGCCCGCGCCGCGGCCAUCGGCUGGGUCCCAAUCGCCACUCACCCCCUCCCCCCGCCCCCCGUACCCAAGGACAGGCGUCGCGCUGAAGACGAGAAACUCCUCAUCAACGUCUCCGGAAGACGCUUCGAAACCUGGAGGAACACACUCGAGAAAUACCCCGACUCCUUACUAGGAUCCUCUGAACGCGAGUUCUUUUAUGACGAAGACAGCAGAGAGUACUUCUUCGACAGAGACCCUGACAUCUUCAGGCAUAUCCUCAAUUAUUACAGAACUGGGAAGCUGCAUUAUCCGAAACACGAGUGCUUGACUGGAUACGAUGAGGAGUUAGCGUUUUUCGGGAUCCUCCCCGAUGUGAUUGGUGAUUGUUGUUAUGAGGAUUAUAGGGACCGUAAGAGAGAGAAUGCCGAGCGUCUCAUGGACGAUAAGCUCAGUGAAGCGGGGGACCAGAGUCUCCCGCAGCUCACGGAUUUACGACAAAAGAUGUGGCGAGCGUUCGAAAACCCUCACACGUCGACUGCCGCUUUAGUAUUUUACUAUGUGACAGGAUUUUUCAUCGCCGUCUCGGUGAUGGCGAACGUUGUGGAGACGGUUCCUUGCGGCCACCGGCCUGGUCGCGCGGGGACAUUGCCCUGCGGAGAACGAUACAAAAUUGUCUUCUUCUGCUUGGACACAGCUUGUGUGAUGAUCUUCACAGCUGAAUACCUGCUUCGGCUAUUCGCAGCGCCGGACCGCUGCAAGUUCGUGCGCUCUGUCAUGUCUAUCAUCGACGUGGUCGCCAUCCUGCCCUACUACAUUGGAUUGGGGAUCACUGAUAACGAUGACGUGUCAGGGGCGUUCGUCACCUUGCGAGUGUUUCGGGUGUUCCGUAUAUUCAAGUUCUCCCGCCAUUCUCAAGGACUAAGGAUCCUCGGUUACACCCUCAAGUCUUGCGCCAGUGAAUUGGGUUUCCUGGUGUUUUCGCUUGCCAUGGCCAUCAUAAUCUUCGCCACUGUCAUGUUCUACGCGGAGAAGAAUGAGCAAGACACAAACUUCACAUCCAUUCCUGCUGCGUUCUGGUACACCAUCGUCACUAUGACUACUUUGGGUUACGGUGACAUGGUGCCGGGCACAAUCGCUGGGAAGAUAGUAGGGGGAGUGUGCUCCCUCUCUGGAGUGUUGGUGAUCGCGCUGCCUGUGCCGGUCAUCGUAUCCAACUUCUCCAGGAUCUACCAUCAGAACCAGAGGGCUGAUAAACGAAAGGCUCAAAGAAAAGCCCGCCUCGCCCGCAUCCGAAUCGCCAAAGCGUCUUCGGGCGCAGCCUUCGUGUCCAAGAAGAAGGCGGCCGAAGCGAGACUGGCUGCGCAGGAGUCUGGCGUGGAACUGGACGACGCUGGACGGGACGAGGACAUUUUCGAGUUGCAGCAUCACCAUCUCCUGAGGUGUUUGGAGCGAACUACGUUUCCGAUGUCACUACCCGAGGCUGUAGUAGAUAUACCUAUUAUAGACCGCGAGUUCGUAGAAAUGGAGAACCCGUACAAUGGGGCAGCCAAGCGGCCGGGCUCCCCCUCCCCGCUCGCGUCGCCCGCGCACUCGGGGCGUGCGCCUGCGCUGCUCGCCUGCUGCGCACGUUGCGGCUGUUGUCCGCAAAAAUAUCAGAAGCGUCGGCGGUCAGUCCGCUGUGUCAGUCCCCUGGUGCUUACUGGGUAUCCGAGACGCGAGGUCCUGAUUUUAGAUUCGAGUAGAAAGGGACGGAUGAAGGGUGCCCGCCGGUACACAGCGACAUCUCGACCGUCUGACACAUCAGUGUCCGCCGCCGCGAGCGAGGACCCGUUGCCCCAAGCAUGCGGCAAAUACAUUCCUGCUGGGAGCACAGUCCAGGGAAACCAGACUGGCGUCGCAAUGGACGGUACAUACUUAGUGGAAGCAUCCUUCUAGGGUCCAUCCACUUCAGAAAGCUACGUCUAGUGACAACGGACACAGUGACAGAACAACAAUUAUUAGGAUAUUUGUGUAAUUUGUCUUAUAAGUCUAACAUGAUACUGCCUAAAUAUAUCAGAUUUGUAUUCGGAUAGACAGGCUCUGAGAUCGGUCAUGUAUAAACUCUAUUUUGAGAAAUGGCAGAAAUAUAAAUUAUACUAUCCAAUUUGAAAUGAGUUUUAAACAAAAUGGUACCUAUAUUGUCUGUAUAUUUGAAUGAUUACAAUGACAAGUCGAAAUUGUAAAUUAAUUCUGGCUAUUUCUGAAAAGAGAUUUUUCGGUACCUACUUGUUUCGUUUUGAAUAUUAUUUGGAGCCUCGUGGGAGCCAUGAAUGUUCCAUGGAUUCAGAUUUUAGACUUUUUUUUUGGAACUAGACAAGUAGUAGUUCAAACUUAAUCAAUUCUAUGAUUUAAAAAAUAGAAUUACUUACAUUGGGCGCAUUAUCAAGAUAUACCAGUCUUCAAUUGGCUGCCCUAUUGUCUCAUCCGUUGUCUCUCUUAGCUGUGUCUGUCCCGUAAAAGAUAACGACGUGACACUGUAUUCGGCACGUAAUUAAAUUACAACUAAUGCCAUAGCAAGAGAUAAAAAACAAAAUUAAUAUAAAUGAUCAUGGGUUGAAAUUGUCUGAAAUUUUAGAGAAGCCGUUUUUAAUAAAUAAAAAAACGAAUGCUACUUGUCUAUGAAUUUUGGUAAAUUUAAGAUGGUGUUAGGACAAGUUCAGUAGAUUGCGUUUAUAGUAACGUAAACAAGAGGAGCAGUAGCAUCAGAACAGAGUUAGGUUGGCAGGGGAUUGCUUGGCACAAUUAGAUUGUCGUUUAGUCUGUCAUCAGUGAUUGGAUAAAAAUAUAUAUAGUGUUCUCAUUUUCCUGAUAUCUCGUUUCUAUACAACUUUUACAUCAAUAGUAAAGUAAUGAAAAAUACUGAAAAUAUAUUAUUACAAGGAUAUAAGUGUCAAAAUAAUAAAUGACAAUCAAAUUGUAUCUUAAACCGUAUGAGUUUACAGACUUAACAUUUGCUGGAAAACAGAAUAUAAUUGAUUGAAUAUUAUCAAUGAUAUUACUUUCUAGAUUUUUCCUCCGCCAGAUUGCGCUCGUGGAACGUGAGUGUGACAACUGUCAAAUAGAAUAUUGAUAUUUGAAUUUGACAACUGAUCUGAUAUGACGAUUCUCCUGCUGGCAUCUAAUGUCAUUGAUAUUACUUUCUAGAUUUUUCCUUCGCCAGAUUGCGCUAGUGGAACGUGAGUGUGACAACUGUCAAAUAGAAUAUUGAUAUUUGAAUUUGACAACUGACCUGAUAUGACGAUUCUCCUGCUGGCAUCUAAUGUCAUUGAUAUUACUUUCUAGAUUUUUCCUCCGCCAGAUUGCGCUAGUGGAACGUGGGUGUGACAACUGUCAAAUAGAAUAUUGAUAUUUGAAUUUGACAACUGAUCUGAUAUGACGAUUCUCCUGCUGGCAUCUAAUGUCAUUGAUAUUACUUUCUAGAUUUUUCCUCCGCCAGAUUGCGCUAGUGGAACGUGAGUGUGACAACUGUCAAAUAGAAUAUUGAUAUUUGAAUUUGACAACUGAUCUGAUAUGACGAUUCUCCUGCUGGCAUCUAAUGUCAUUGAUAUUACUUUCUAGAUUUUUCCUCCGCCAGAUUGCGCUAGUGGAACGUGGGUGUGACAACUGUCAAAUAGAAUAUUGAUAUUUGAAUUUGACAACUGAUCUGAUACGACGUUUCUCCUGCUGGCAUCUAAUGUCAUUGAUAUUACUUUCUAGAUUUUUCCUCCGCCAGAUUGCGCUAGUGGAACGUGGGUGUGACAACUGUCAAAUAGAAUAUUGAUAU